ACCAUCAACACCCACGUGCUGGGUCCCCAGGACGCAAUUCGACCAACCAGAAGAAUGGAUUUUAGAGAGGCUUACUCCAACACUUGUUCUGCGGUUGGCCUUGCUGCCAGGGAAGGAAACGUCAAAGUCUUACGGAAACUGCUCAAGCGGGGACGGAGUGUUGAUGUUGCUGACAACAGGGGAUGGAUGCCGAUCCACGAAGCAGCCUACCACAACUCUGUAGAGUGUUUGCGGAUGUUAAUCCAUGCAGACUCAUCCGAAAACUACAUUAAGACAAGGACUUUUGAGGGCUUCUGUCCAUUACAUCUUGCAGCAAGUCAAGGACACUGGAAGAUUGUCCAAAUCCUUCUAAAGGCUGGGGCAGACCCUAACGAAAUGACUCUGGAGGAAACCACGCCGCUGUUUAUAGCUGUUGAAAAUGGGCAGAUGGAUGUGUUAAAAAUGUUGCUUCGGCAUGGAGCAAAUGUUAAUGGAUCCCAUUCUAUGUGUAGAUGGAAUGCCCUGCACCAGGCUGCGUAUCAGGAAAAUGUUGAGAUCAUAAAGUUGCUUCUUAAAAAGGGAGUGGACAAGGAAUGCCAGGAUGACUUUGGGAUCACGCCCUUAUUUGUGGCUGCUCAGUAUGGCAAGCUGGAAAGCUUGACUGCGCUUAUUGCGUCAGGUGCCAAUGUCAACUGCCAAGCCUUGGACAAAGCUACCCCAUUAUUCAUUGCUUCUCAGGAGGGUCACCUAAAAUGCGUGGAACUUCUGCUGUCCAGCAAGGCAGAUCCUAAUCUUUAUUGUAAUGAGGACAAUUGGCAGUUACCUAUUCACGCAGCUGCACAAAUGGGCCAUGCAAAGGUCUUGGAAUUGUUAAUACCUGUUACUCACCGGGCCUGUGACACGGAGCCUGAUCAAGUGAGCCCUGUUUACUCAGCUGUGUACGGAGGGCAUGAAGAUUGCCUAGAAGUCCUGCUCCAGAAUGGCUACAGCCCUGAUGCCCAGAUGUGUCUCGUCUUUGGCGUCAAUUCCCCCAUGUGUAUGGCGUUCCAGAAAGACUGUGAGGCCCUUGGGAUUGUGAAUAUUCUUUUGAAGUAUGGAUCCCAGCUAAAUGAACUGCGUUUAGCCUGCUGCCUGAACUUUGAGAAGUUUUCGGUCUUCCGCUACUUUUUGAAGAAAGGUUGCCCCUUGACAGGGUGGAGCCAUUUAUCUGAAUUCAUAAAUCACGCGGUUGAAGCCCAAGGACGCUACAAGGAAUGGCUGCCUCAUCUCCUGCUCGCUGGGUUUGACCCACUGAAUCUACUGUGCAGCUCUUGGAUUGACUCAGUCAGUGAUGAAAUCCUUCUCUUUACUCUGGAGUUUACGAACUGGAGAAGACUUCCUCUUGCUGUUGAAGAGAUGCUCUCUCUUCGUGCCUCACAUUCCUCUUGGCUCCUGCAGAAACAUAUUGCUUCUGUUCCGUCCUUGUCCCACCUCUGUCGCCUGGAAAUUUGGUCCUGUCUGAAACCAGAACACCUUCGAGCUGAGAGUUUUAUCUCUCAGCUGCCACUUCCUAAAAGCCUUCAGCAUUACUUGUUCUAUGCCGACGUGCUGAGGGUGAACGAGAUUCCAGACCUGCCCCUUCUUCAGGAUGGACACGUCGGUGAUGUUCCACAGCACAGCUCACUAUAA